AUGGAAAAAUAUCAAAGAAUCAGAGAAAUUGGGCGUGGGUCAUAUGGGGUUGUCUUUAAAGCAUUGAAUACAGAGAACGGAGARCUGGUUGCAGUCAAGAAGAUGACCGACAGAAAGUAUUAUUCGAGUAAAGAAUGCAUGAAUCUGAGAGAAGUCAGGUCACUAUGCAAGAUGAGGAAUCAUCCUAACAUCGUCAAGCUCAAAGAAGCCGUUGUACAAAACAACAUACUGUUCUUGGUGUUUGAAUACAUGGAAUGCUCUCUCUGGCAUCGUAUGAGACACCGAACAAAUCCCUUCUCCGAAAUCGAGAUCAGAAACCUAUGCUUCCAAAUCUUUCAAGGUCUUGCAUACAUGCAUAAYGAAGCCGGCUACUUCCAUCGCGACCUUAAACCGGACAACCUUCUAGUUUCCAAGGAUGUGAUCAAGAUUGCGGAUCUUGGUCAAGCUCGUGAGAUCAAUGGCGAACCUCCAUACACCGAUUACAUUACAACACGCUGGKAUCGUGCCCCBGAGGUUCUUCUCCAUGCGCGAGCACAUGAUUCUUCGGUUGACAUGUGGGCSAUGGGUGCCAUCAUGGUUGAAUUGUUUACCCUCCGACCACUGUUUGACGGUUCUUCUGCAACAGAGGUAAUGCGUAAGAUUUGCAGCGUGAUCGGCACCCCAACAGAAACCACAUGGAGCUUGGGARUGUAUCUUGCGAAUAAUAUCAAUUAUCGGUUUCCAGAGUUUCCGGGKGUGGAUCUUUCCUCAUUGAUACCAUGUGCAAGCCCAGAAGCAAUCAAUCUGAUCUCUACCCUCCUUUCAUGGAGUCCAUGCGCAAGGCCAACAGCCAAAGAGGCACUUGAGCACCCAUUCUUCUACGGGUGUUAUUACCAUAUUCCACACCCCCAAUUCGACUGUGUGACUUGGUCUCGAAUGAUGAGAGACCGAGCGCUACCRCUGGUAUUUAAAAUGGCGAUGCGACGGGAGAUGUUGAAGCAGAUCACUCGACGCCUGGAGAGUUGCUUAGGUGGGUUAAAAGGAUCGGAGAGUCCAAGGGAAGACUUGGUGCAUCAUCUCCCAGAAUUCCUGUUCGAGUUUGAUGGUGAAUUCAGUUGA